CGCCGUCUCGUGGGAAACAAAGAUCACUUCACAUUUGAGAUUGAAUCAGAAAUCAAAUCAGUUGAGUGGAUGGUUCAUUACUUGCCGAACGUUUAGCUCCCUUAUCACAUUAAAAAAGUCAAAGUAAUAGUUAAAAUGAUAUUACUUAAUUGCCUUAUAAUAUGCGCUUGCAUAUUCACUGGUGGGACUCAAGACACUUCUCUGGACAACUUGAUUGCAGACAUUUUCAAAACCGAUGAAACAACCAGCACUUCCACAACAAGCGCUCCAGUUGUCAAUCCCAAAGAUUCGUCAAGCAACUCAGGAACAGGAACAGACAAAGGAACUGACAAAGGAACAGGAAAUGGAACAGGAUCAGCCCAAUACCAAUCCUGUGGCGAUCAAAAAGAGUGCGUGCCUCGGUGGCUCUGUGCAAAUGAUACGAUCAACACCAGCGGCGAUGGUAUAAUUGACAUUCGAAUCGAUACGGGCUCACAAUGCAAAAACUAUUUGGAUCUGUGCUGUGAUCUUCCAAACAAGAGAGAAGUCCCCAUAUUCCCAACUGACCCUGAAAAUCCCGAAGGCUGCGGAUACCAGAAUCCCAACGGAGUUGGCUUUAAAAUCACUGGAGCGGUAAACCAGGAGGCCGAGUUCGGGGAAUUCCCUUGGAUGUUGGCUAUUCUUCGAGAAGAGGGAUCACUCAACUUGUACGAAUGCGGCGGAGCUUUGAUAGCUCCGAAUGUGGUUCUGACUGCGGCUCAUUGUGUCCACAACAAACAACCAAGUACCAUUGUUGUGAGAGCUGGAGAAUGGGAUACGCAGACAAAAACUGAAAUCAUUGCCCAUGAGGACCGAUACGUUAAGGAAAUAGUAUAUCAUGAACAGUUUAACAAGGGAGCUCUUUACAACGAUGUUGCUGUUAUGUUGUUGGAAAGCCCCUUCACCUUCCAAGCGAACAUUCAAACUGUUUGCCUGCCCGAGGUUGGUGACAAUUUCGAUUAUGAUCGUUGUUUUGCUACCGGUUGGGGUAAGAACAAGUUUGGCAAGGACGGGGAGUACCAAGUUAUCCUGAAAAAGGUGGAUAUGCCCGUGGUGUCGGAGCAACAGUGCCAGACGAACCUGCGCGAGACUCGCCUCGGAAGGCACUUUAUUUUGCAUGACAGCUUCAUUUGCGCUGGAGGUGAAAAGGGCAAGGAUACUUGCAAGGGCGACGGAGGUUCUCCCUUAGUAUGUCCCAUUAAGGGCCAGAAGGGACGCUUUAAGUCUGCCGGUAUUGUGGCCUGGGGAAUCGGUUGUGGAGAAGAAAACAUACCCGGAGUGUAUGCCAGCGUGGCCAAACUUCGUCCGUGGAUAGACGCAAAAUUGAAAAUUUGGAAUAUUGAUCCCAAAUAUUAUACACCCUAGAAAAUCUUUCCACAGGGUUAAUUGUUUGAGAGAACAGAAGAGCAAAAAAUAAAUAUGUACUAAAAUUAUGUA